AUGGACGGUUACAAUGAGCGUCGGAAUCCGUCCCGAUCCCGAUCGCGGUCGCGUCCGGCGAAUGGGCGCAGGACAUUAUACCGAAUGAGCUCCAACCAUAGCAGCCAGAGCGUGUUUGAAGAUGUCGAGAUGGCCCAGGACGAACUCUUUUCUGGUCCCGUCGCCGAGAGUCUGCCUACGAGCGUGUCAGCCUUUGCGCAUCGCCGCGGCCGUGCCGACUCCACUGCCAGCUUUACGUACUACAACGAAGAAGAGGAAGAGCCUCAAAUCUACGACGAGGACGGGCGUCCCCUGUACGAAGACGACGGUUCUGUUGCCGUAGACUUGGAUGAUAUCCCAUUUGGUGUUGAAACGAUUGAAGAUGACGAGAGCGCAGUGGUUGAAUUGGAAAAUGGCCACUCCCAUGAUGAUUACUCCAUGCAUCGGAGAUCCUCGACCAUUUCUCGGAAUUCGGUUCAUGCUAGACUUCUUCGAACAGACAGCGGUCGGACAGACGUGAGCGGGCAUGGAAUGCCUGGUCGUAUCAGCCAAAAGCUAUACAUGGUCAAUGAAGAUCUCACCAUUGUCAUUGCCGGCUUCCGAACGAGUCGCAUUGGAUUCGCUGCCUAUGUGUUCCUGUGCGUCACGACCCUCGGCCUAGCAUAUCUGCUACUACGAUGGCUUCCGCGCUGGCAGGUCAAGCUCAUAGGAGAGCCUUGCCCUCUGAAUGACUGCCAAUGGGUAGUCCUCGAGAACCAGUGGGGCGAAAUGUCCAUACUUCCCGUCUCCGCGCAGCCGUACGAUCGACCAAUGUCCACCGUCUUUGGAGCACCCGAAAAGUUGUUUGCCCAGAUGCUCGAAGAGGAUGCCGAUCCGAUCCUGUCAGACCUCCGCGUACUCAACUAUCGCUAUGUUCGUCUAUACUUUCAUCCGUUAAAGGACAAGUUUGUGAUAUGCAGUGGCUGGAAAGACCCAAACUGGACACACAUACGCACACUUCGUGCUGGAAUAGAUGGCGAAGAAAAGGAACAAAGAGAGCACGUCUUUGGAUCAAACUUGAUCGAUAUCGAGCAAAAGUCGUCGUUUCAACUACUUGUUGAUGAGGUGUUUCAUCCCUUUUACGUAUUCCAAAUAGCCAGUCUGGUUCUUUGGUCAAUGGACGAGUACUACUACUAUGCGGUCUGCAUCUUUGUCAUGUCAGCCGGUAGUAUAAUUGCUACCCUCAUCGAGACACGUUCUACAAUGAAGCGAUUGCGCGAGAUCUCGCGCUUCGAAUGCGACGUGCGUGUCUUGCGAAACGGGUUCUGGGCCAAUGUUUCUUCGAGCGAUCUGGUCCCUGGCGACGUCUACGAAAUCAGCGACCCAAAUCUGGCACAAUUCCCCAGCGACAGUCUGCUAUUGAGUGGAGACUGUAUCGUCAAUGAGAGUAUGCUGACGGGCGAGUCUGUACCUGUUUCCAAGGUCCCUGCUACGGACGAGAGUCUCAGCGUUAUGAACCUGGGAGCCGCGUCCGUCUCACCCGAGACAGCACGCCAUUUCUUGUUCUGUGGUACCAAGAUCAUCCGAGCCAGGCGACCUCAAGAUAACGGAGAGGAUGAAGGAGUGGCAUUGGCCAUGGUGGUCAGGACUGGAUUCAACACCACAAAAGGCUCCCUUGUCCGGUCCAUGCUGUUCCCCAAACCUUCGGGAUUCAAGUUCUAUCGCGAUUCCUUCCGGUACAUUGCCGUCAUGGGCUGUAUUGCAUUACUCGGCUUUGUCGUAUCCUUUAUCAACUUUAUCCGACUUGGACUGGCCUGGCAUUUGAUUGUGGUUCGGGCGCUCGAUUUAAUCACCAUUGUCGUUCCUCCAGCCCUGCCAGCAACCCUGACCAUUGGAACAAACUUUGCAUUGAGCCGACUGCGAAAGAAGCAGAUAUUCUGCAUCAGCCCACAAAGGGUAAACGUGGGUGGCAAGCUCGAUGUCAUGUGUUUUGACAAGACUGGCACCUUGACCGAGGAAGGUCUCGAUGUUUUGGGAGUACGACUGGUUUCCCACACGACCAAGCGGUUCGACGAACUCGUCGCAAAGGCUUCUUCUCUUGUGAAGCCGUCCAACUAUGAGACCACUCCAGACAAUAUCAAAGACACUAGUCGUGCUGCGCUCUUUACCAUGGCAACGUGUCAUUCGCUACGAUCCGUCGAUGGUGAAUUAGUGGGCGACCCACUGGAUCUCAAAAUGUUUGAAUUUACCGAGUGGACAUUUGAGGAAGGUAGACAAGAGGGUGCCGGCGAGCAGGAGAAUGAAGAGCAAGGUGGUCUUUCCCCUUCUGUUGCGCGCCCCCCUCCCCUGGCCCUGUACGAUACGGAUCAAUUCGGUACUGCUCAAGGACGAAACACUUCGGUGGAACUCGGAGUCUUGAAGUCUUUCGAGUUCGUGUCCCAUUUGCGUCGUGCCAGCGUCCUCGUGAGAGCAUUCGGCCAGCAGAGCGCUGAUGUCUACGUCAAAGGCGCUCCAGAGUGUAUGCGAGAAAUUUGUCGAGCUGACUCGUUCCCCGAGGACUAUGACGAGCUUCUUUCCUAUUACACCCACAAGGGAUAUCGUGUCAUUGCCUGCGCAACCAAGCACCUCAAGAAGUUGUCCUGGGUCAAGAGUCAAAAGAUGAAACGUCAGGAUGUCGAAUCCGAUCUCGAUUUUGUUGGCUUCAUUGUGUUUGAGAACAAGCUCAAGCCCACGACGGCUGGUGUGCUCAAGGAGCUUCAUGAGUCCAAUAUUGGAUCCGUCAUGGUGACUGGUGACAAUAUUCUCACCGCCAUAAGCGUUUCGCGAAAUUGUGGCCUCAUUGACAAGAAUGCCCACUGCUUCGUGCCGCACUUUGUGGAAGGGCAUUUCCAAGAUCCCAAUGCUGAUCUCCACUGGGAAAGCAUCGAUGCUCCCGACCUCAAGUUGGACAAACGGACGCUUUUGCCGCUCCCGGUUCCUGCCGAGCGGGACGCGUCGUUGCCCUAUGAUAUCACAAACCUAAGCAAUUAUUCAAUUGCAGUAACGGGCGACGUCUUUCGUUGGGUUAUUGAUUAUGCCCCAACAGAAACACUGCAUCGCAUGUUGAUCAAGGGACGCAUCUUUGCACGCAUGUCGCCUGAUGAAAAGCACGAAUUGGUAGAAAAGCUUCAGAGUAUUGGUUACUGUGCUGGCUUCUGUGGUGACGGCGCCAAUGACUGUGGCGCUCUCAAGGCAGCUGACGUUGGCAUCUCCCUUUCCGAGGCAGAAGCGUCAGUGGCGGCGCCCUUUACAUCGCGGGUAUUUGAUAUCCGCUGCGUCCCGGAUGUUAUUCGUGAAGGACGAGCCGCUCUCGUCACGAGUUUCAGCUGCUUCAAGUUCAUGUCGCUUUAUUCGGCCAUCCAGUUCACGUCUGUGAGCUUCUUGUAUGCCUCGGCGUCGAAUCUUGGCGACUUUCAAUUCCUGUUCAUUGACGUGUUACUCAUUCUUCCCAUUGCCGUCUUCAUGGGCUGGUCCGGCCCAUAUCCAGUCUUGAGCCGCAAGAGACCUACUGCGGAUCUCGUUUCACGCAAAGUCCUGACACCCUUGCUGGGCCAGAUCCUCAUUUGUAUCCUGAUACAGGCAACAGCUUUCCUACUCGUCAGGGAGCAAGACUGGUUCAUCCCACCACACGUCAACCCAAACAAGUCCAACAUUAAGAACUCGGAGAACACUGCGCUCUUUCUCGUUUCAUGCUUCGAGUACACUUUCAUCGGCAUCGUGCUCUCUGCUGGCAAGCCCUUUAGACAACCCAUGUGGCAGAAUUACCCCUUUGUGGCAACAAUUAUUGCCGCCCUGGCCAUCAACACGUACAUGGUUCUGGCGCCCUCGCACAGCAUCAAGCAUCUCAUGCAGCUGACCAAUAUUUCCCCGAGCUUUAAAAUGACGCUGCUCGUGCUGGGACUUGCGUACUUUGUCCUGUCCUGGACUGCCGAGAUUUACGUCUUUCAAGGACUGGCGAGGUGGAUUGGCAAGGCCAAGCUGAGGAUCAUGAAGACGCCAAAGCAGCGAAAGGAGUACAAGGUUAUUGCCGAGAGAAUGAGGACCUGA